UUCGCCGAACAUGACUGGAUUAAUGAAUGUGAUCACCACAAAGGGUGAAACAAGAGCAGUCGGUGCCUUUACUUACGAUUCAGUGGGCGAGAAACUAAGGUUCACAUCCAACGAGAGCCAUCCCACAGAUUCCUCACGUGGUCUGGACCUGCUGAUGUUUUUCAAGGAGGAUAUCUUUUAUGAGAUUGACGGUAAAACCCAGAGCUGUACGAAGAACAAGCUUCACAUAUCAUGGCAUCCUCUUGAUAUUCCCAAUGAUGCAAAGUUUUACACGGCAAUGACCAUGGGGAGCUCUUCUGUUGAAGACGAGAGGCUGAAGAUCAAUGUUUGGGGCGGGGACCUGCCCAAUACUAAAGCUUCCUAUUGGACGUCUGCAACCAUGGGAUGUUUGCCAGUGUCCACUUUCUAUUUCACUGAUACCACAUCAUUCCUCUUCGGCCUCACGGACAUUGAGCCUGAAGUCAAGGAUCCUGACCUCCUCACUCUGCCCUCUUUCUGUCAUGGAAAGUCUGUGGAAGACACCCCUGAGGGGACGGUUAACAGCUUCGUGAAUGAAUUCAUGUAGAUCAGAUCUGCCAGUCAGCAAUAAAAUUCAA